UUUAACUCAUUUUUUCGAAAUAAGGUUUGGUGGGUUAAUUCUUCCUUCUUCUAGGGUUUUAGAAUUUUGAGGUUCCUCUUUGAAUCUAAACUAAAACCCUAAAAUCCUCUGUGUAUCUAAGCAUUGCAAAUUAAGGCACAGAGAAGCACAAAGUACAAUCAGAGGUAUCAAUUCAACAAUUUGCUCUCUGGGUUUGCUGUAUUACUUUAAUUCUACUCUGUUGAAACUAUCUUUUGCUGAAGAAUUGUCAUUAAAUGUGAUAUUUCUAAUGUAAUUGUGUAUAAUAUGAAUCACCAUUGAAGGUUUCUUUGAAGAUAUUGUAUCAGAAUCUUUUGUUGCUAACUUGAGAUGCUAGUAAUUCGGAAAGUCCGAAAAAGUGUAUCUUGGAUAAUGAUAUCUCACCUCAAUCACCUAUUUGUUACUCCAAUUUCUGAAAACGGUUCCACUUCUCAUAGUCUCCAGAAAUUUUCGUCAUUAAAUAUUAGAUGUUUUCGUAGUUCAGAUAAUGCUAAGGUUGAAGUCCCUGAAUUGUCAACUCAGACACCCAUUUCCCCUGCUGUCAAUAAAAUAUCACGGGUUGCAAGAAAUGAUGGACAAGCAGUACUCUUUGAAUACUUGCAUUGUACAAGAGGUUUUAAUUAUGUAGAUGCUGAGCAUAUUAGCAAGAACUCACCUUGUUUUCUUCAAAGCCUGCUGUCCAAGGUUGAUAAUGAUCAAGAUGUAACAAGGGCAUUGACCCGUUACUUCAGGUACCAUCCGAUUAAUGAGUUUGAGCCUUUUUUAGAGAGCUUGGGGUUGAAGCAAUCUGAGCUUACAUCUAUGCUUCCACGAGAUUUAAUAUUUUUGAGUGAUGAUCAUCUCUUGUUUGAUAAUUAUCAUGUUCUUUGUUAUUACGGCAUCCCUCGCACUAAAAUUGGAAAGAUUUAUAAGGAAGCGACUGAUAUAUUUGGAUAUGACCAUGGAGUAUUAGAUAUGAAAUUGAGGGCUUAUGAGAAAUUGGCUUUGAGCAGAUCAACAGUUAUAAAGUUGGUGACUUGUUCCCCUACUCUUUUGGUUGGUGAGACGAACAGUGAACUUAUUCAGGUUCUUGAAAAACUGAAAAUUUUAGGGUUUGAAAAUGAUUGGAUGGGAGGAUACUUAUCCAACAGGCACUCCUACAAUUGGGGUAGAAUGCUUAACACAUUGCAUUUUCUGAAUGAAGUAGGAUAUAGUGAUGAAAAGAUGGCGACUUUGUUUACAAUGAACCCUGCAUUCUUAUUUGAAGGCUCUGGGAAGCAGAUUUAUGUAUUGGUCGGGAAAUUACUGAAGUUGGGUAUUAAAAUGAAUGACAUAUACUUACUUUUCUGUCAAAAUCCUAAUAUUCUAUCUCUGAAGUGUACUAAAAAUCUUUGGCAUGCAUUGUACUUCUUAUCAGAGAUAGGAUUAGAGACCGAAAUAAUUGCAAAUAUUGUAUCUACACAUAUACAACUUCUAGGUUCACAUUCUCUGAAAGGACCAAAGACUCUUUUGAGGGACUUCAAGGGUGGCAAGUUUCGUCUAUGUCAGACUAUAAAGGAUGAUCCUUUGAAUUUGUUCAGAUUAGCUUCAAAAUCAAAAUUUAAUGUGGAGCAAAUGACUUCCCAGGACCCAGGAAAAUUAUUUCAGAAAACCACUUUUUUAUUGAGAUUAGGUUACGUAGAAAAUUCAGAUGAGAUGGCAAAAGCUUUGAAGCAAUUCCGUGGACGAGGAGACCAGUUGCAAGAGAGGUUUGAUUGCCUAGUAAAUGCUGGUUUGGACUGCAAUGUUGUAAUUAAUAUGAUUAAACAGGCUCCUGCGGCAUUGAACCAGAGCAAAGAUGUUCUUGAGAAGAAAAUUGUUCUACUGAAAACAUAUUUAGGUUAUCCGGUGGAAUCGAUUGUAUCAUUUCCAUCUUACCUCUGCUAUGACGUGGACAGAAUUCAUCUUCGGUUUUCAAUGUAUGCAUGGCUGAAGCAAAAGGGUGCUGCAAAACCAACAUUAUCAGUGAGCACUCUUCUUGCUUGUUCAGAUGCUCGCUUUGUAAAAUAUUUUGUUGACAUACAUCCAGAAGGUCCAGCAAAGUGGGAAAGUUUAAAAAGUUCACUUCAAUCCAGCUGAUUGACUUCAGUAUCAUUUUAGAUUAAUAAAGUUGACAUAUUUCCCUUAUCUAGUUGUAAUUGAUUAUCCAAUUUUGUUGUUGUUGGUUUGUCUAGGUCUUUUUUUAAAUCUUUAAUACGUCUCUUCUUAGGAAACACACAUCACUCAAUGAUAUUUUGAAGUGUCAGAAGGGGGAUUGCUUGGGUUUUUUCCUGCUUUCAUUCUGUUAAAGGACUUCUCAUCCCAGUUGCUAGUUGCUACUCCCAUUGCAGCCCCUUCUCUUCAUGCUGUAGAUGAGGGGACUCUGGAUAUUUUGUUAGGGUCUUUCUGACAGGACAAGAAGGUAUCAUGUACUGAUUGAGUGAUUUCAUAUAAAGAAUCUUGUGGUAAAAUCUGUCUGUUACAUAUCUUUAAGCUUGUAAAAUAAUAGAUAUGACCUAACACCCUAGCCAUCCUUCUGAUAAGCCUUGGUGGAUAGAGUUGGCUGGUAUCAAUGCUGGUAGGAGUUAGUGGGUGCCCGAUGGAUUGAUCGACUUGCCGCCUGGUUGGCUUGGACACCAAAGUUAUGAAAAAAGUCCAAGCCACUACCCUUGAAGAAAACUGUCAGUGAUGAUUUUGGGUGCAAUCCCUUUGUUAUUUAUCAGAUGGCUAGUCCUUAGACCUGUAUAAGAGGUUUGUUGAUUCAUUCAAUCUUCUAUUUUUUUGGUGGUGAAGUGUCUUAUCCUUAAUAAGGCUCAAGAAUCUCUUUCUCAAGUGGGGAGGGGGAUACUCUUAAGAAUAAAGAAGACUAUCUAUUUUGUUACUAUCAGUAAGUACACUUUUUUUUGGUGUGUGUAUCAUUCAAUCAUCAGUGUUACUUUUCCUUGUUUCUUUAUGAUAGUACAAUUUCUGUUCAGCCUCUGUACGCCCCUGGUUUUUAUAACGAUGGGUUGGGCAUUUCCUGUUUGGGAUCUUCUUUUUUUUGGUAAACAAACAAAUUGUGUUGAUAGCAAGUGAGAUAGUUACAAAUCCAGCUAGGAACACAUCUCCAAGCUCUCAAAGGAAAACAAAACAGUUCCACUAUUCAAGCUUACAACAACAGGCUGUAGUAGCUAUGGAGUCCUGGAAAACAAUGCUUAGUCAAAACUACAGUCUAUACAUAAAGACAACAAGCAAGAUAGAGCAGUCAUAGUAAGCAGCUACCAAUUAAGGGAGGCUUAGUAUUAUAGAAGCUAGUGGUGACCCCCAUUUUGGCAGUUCUUGGCCUUUGAUGUGUAUAUGCAGAGCUACCUCUCUGCAUACUCUAUCAAUGUUGUAAUGGCCUGCUUUGAAUCUCAAGCCAUUCCUCUCUGUCCAUAUGAUAGCCGCAACCAUAGUAAACACGCUGCACAGGAUUGCUUUUUUGCCAGAUUUGGACAUAGCGCUCGUGUUGGCCCAUAGAAGCUCCUCAUUCCAGUCCCCUACAGGUCUGUUUAUGCCCAGCCAGUUGAGAAGCCUUAACUACCUUGUCACUAUUCACCUAAAGAAUAAAUGAUCAAAAGACUCCACUGCUGGUUGUGCAGAAGAUGCAAUCCGUAAGAACCUGGAUGCCGAACUUCUGAAGCCUUUCAACUGUGGCCAGUCUCCUCCAAGCAGCUAGCCGGAGGGAGGUUGAAUUUUCCUGUUAGAUAUCAAUUCUCUCAGUUUGUGUCAUGAUUUGUGGACGCAGCGCGACAUAUUAUGUGCACUUGUUUGCUUAUGACUUAUGGGGAAGUUAUAUACUGUUUCAUGCUAAACCCGUUGGAGUAUAUUGGUGAAAUUACUUCCUUCUAUGCAAUUUUAGAGCUUAAUUAUCUUUAUCCUUAAAUUUACUGAUAUUCUAGGAAGAAAUUCCAGAGAACACUGAUAUCAAGUUGUUCUGGUGGAAUGAUUUUGUAAACCAAAUGCUAGAUCAAUUCUUCUCGUAUGCAAGUCUCGGUGGACAAAAUUACUAGUAACAUGUACUAGUAGAGGUAUCUAUUGGAUUGAGUGAGGUGUACAGAGACUUGCUCUAACACCGCUGUUAUAAAAAUAAUUUCUUAUUGUCUUUUUCUAAUGAAAGGUAAUUUCACUGCUAUGCGUCAAGUUGGUGCCAAAUGUUGUAGAGCAAAAGAUGACUUCUAUCCUACCAUGUCUGAACUCUGAGAAAAAACCCUGUUAGCAUCCUGGGCAACUUUCAAAUCACUCAAAGUAUAUAGAAGCUGUAAUGCUUUGUAUUUUACAUAUGGUUAGGGCUGACAAUUGCUUCCAAAACACCUUAAUUUCUAUUUUACAAAUUGUCAAAAAAAUACAGACACAAUCGUUGCAAUAUAUAACCAUCUGUUGAGGAACUUGUGAGAUCAUAUUUAACUUGAACUUGUAUUGUAGUUCGAGAAGAACAGAUAAAGAGGAAGUAGUGGUGAGAGAUGAGGCAGAAUAAGCCCCACAAGAUACAAGUUGUCUCUUUCAAAGAUAAAGUUUACAUGAAAAUGAUCAGCAGCUCAACAUAAACGCCAUAUUCUGCAACAAGAAAUGACUAUUAGUCUCAAAAGUUUAUCUGCUGGAAACAAAGAGAUGACCCAAAUAUCUCUACAUAGUAAUAAAA